UGCGAAGCAAUAGUUCGUAAAUAUUCUAGAUUAGAAUGUUACUUCCGUUGUUAAGGAAGUCGACGGAGCGUUCAAUCGUAUCCAUUAAACGCUUUUUUAUGGCACUCCGCGACACAGUUUUAGCCUCUAUUGUCACUCGAUCAAGAAUACCUACAUCAGAACGUAUUAUGAAUUUUACUUUAAAACUACGUAUAGUUUAUCUGCGUUUUUCCUAGAUUAUAAAUUUAUGUGAUUCUGCCACAUGCAAAAUAAAUAGUGAAUAUUGCUGAGUCAUUUGUCGUGAUUAAAUCUUUUAGCAUGGAUUUUUCAUUAGAAACAUUGAAAACUGCAGUGAAGAUAACUCACUGGAAGUGAAAUAAACGUAAAUGUCUGACGACAAUGGUGACGUCACAGCAAAGUCUUCCUUUGGUUGGUUAUUUCCAACAGUCACCGCAUUUGGAUUACUUGUAUUCCUUGCCAUGUCUUUUGCAUUCUACCAUCGAAGACUCAUGUUGAGGAAAAGGAAGGAAGCCGAAUACAACCGAUUCUUCAGGCUACUUCGACCCGACCUUGAAGUAACUGACAAAAAGAUCACAAGAGCUAGAUCUAUACUUACUAACACCCAUAACCCGGAUCUUGAUUUUACUGCAAGCUGUGCAUAUUAUAAUGAGGCUUUUGUAAGAGACGAUGCUGACAAUGAGGAUGAUUAUGAUGAAGGUGAUGACUUUGAAGACAACGAAAGGCUACAAGAAAAAACCUAUACUGAGGUAGCUGUCCGGCAAAAUGGUGUAAUGGUAGAUAAUCAAAACGAGGACUGUGAUUUAUAUUUGCGCUCCGUGCAAGCAAGGAGACAAGUUUUACUCGCAGAUGUUCAUUCAGAAGAAAUGUAUAGAGAAUCUGAUCUAGAAGUGUUCAAAACAAUUAAUUCUAUUAGAAAAGAUAUGAAUCACGAUGUAAUUGAGGAGGAACGCAAAGAUGGCAUAAAGGAGUUAUCAGAAGAGCAUACUUUAAAAAACAGAAAUUUGCUGCAAAUAGAUGGUAGAGUUUCACGGAUGCAAUCUGAAGAUAGUAUGACAAUUUCAGAAAGUUCUAAUAGGCAAAUCGUUGCUAAUAAACCUCCUGUAUUAAAACCUAUCACAAACAUGGCAAUAAAAGAUGAAAUAGUAAUGAAUAAAACAAUCACGAAGUCGACAAAAUCAAAGAAAAAGAAACUAGGUAUCCUUACUCGCAAGAAGACCGGAAAUUCGGUUCCUUUGAGUAACGGAAGCAGUUAUGCGUCUACAUUCUACAGUGAACCAAGGCGGUGCAGUGAGCCCGCGCUUUUUCUAUAUGACGAGGAAGCGGCUGAUCCGAAGGAUUCCAAAUUCUAUAAGAAUCAAAACAAAAUACUAUUUAAUCCGUAUUAUACUGAAGUAAGUAUGCCGGUGAAUAAAAGUCAAAAACAGAGAAAGAGUUCUACUGCCGAGGACGCGCAAGAAGUAGACUUCUUACAGAAGCCGAAUCUAAACCGUGAAAGGUCAAUGCCGGUUGCAGAUAAGAUUCAUAAAAAGCACGUGCCAGCCAGCACGUGGAUGUAAUGACAGAUUUUUAACUUUAGCAUUAAUGCCUUUUCAGAAGUAUAUUAACAUUGAUACGAAUAGUAUAGAAACUAAAUAUAAUAUUAUAUUUGGCAAUGUGAAUUAUCUACAGAAGGCAAAAAAUGUUGUUGGGAUAGUUUUAUUUUUCUUUUGUAUUUUGAUUAACCUUUAUAAUUCAUGCCAUUGCUUUCAUAUUAAUAUUGUAAUUUCACAGUCUACACUGGUAAAAACCACGAUGUCCCUCCCUUCAUUAAAUUAGGCAAGAUCGGGAAACCAAGUGGUAGAUAUGCCAUUACAUUUACUAUUUAAACGGUGAUGCACACAAGACUGGAAGUCACCGAACUUGACCACAAUGAUAUGGAGGUCCACUAUUUGAAAGUAUUAACUAUAGUAACUGAAUAUAUAAAACAUCGUCGGAACCCACGGUACACAUUCCGUAUAUACUACAUUUAAUACUGAUACGGUUAAUAGUCUGAGUUUCUGAGGAUGCAUAUAAAAAGAGGGAUUUACAUUCUAGUGGAGGGUCAGGCGACUGAGCAAUAAUUACCGCUAUAGACAGUUAACCACGUUAUCAAGGUUGAUAUAGAUAUCGUGAUUAUGAUAAAAUAUUUCAUAAUCGGUAUGUUUCUGUUGAAAUAUGCAUUCAUUUUGAUUACAAAAGCAAAUAUGUAUUUAUAAUAAAAAAAGUUUAAAUUG